CGUCCGUCGAGGAAGGUGCGAGGUUUCGUUUGAUCGGAGAGUGUGAUCGGAACAGUGCCGUGGUGCGCUACGGAACACAAAGUGUUUUUUUUUUGUUCUAUUGGAAUAUCAGUUGAGAGUGAUGGCUCGGCUCGGAGUGGUGUGUUUUGUAGCGAUGGUCCUCGUGACCAUGGCCACUGGAGGACCGGUGGAAACACCAAGGAAUCCGACGAUAAUAAGUGCUGAUCAAUUAACGGUUUCCGCGGGCGAUGGAACGGAUUUAGCUGCGAUCGAUUUGAAUGAGCAGAAUUUAAAUCAAUUGCCAAAGGAAGAAACCCCAGAGCCUACUACCAUACCAACAACUGAAAUUUUGGUAGAAGAUACGACAACUGAUACUACACAGGCUGCAGAAACGACUACGAUAGAGGCACAAACAACGGAAAGUAGUACAGUGGAAGCAGUAACGGAUACUACCACGGUUGCAGUAACUACCACUACGAUUGCUGCACCAACAACGGAAAGUAGUACCGUGGAAACGACGACGGAUACUACACCAAUUACUACUACGACUGUUGCCCCUGUUACUACAACGGAAGCUACAACCGUUUCCACCUCAUCCGAGAGUGUAACGCAGGAAGAAACGACCGAAUCGGUUACCGAUUCCACGGUUCCUGAUACGACGGUUACUACGAUCGCAACAGAAACAACGACCAGCGCUGCUAGCCGUCUGCAAUCGUUGGCUGGAGUGUUUCUGGUGACGCUCCUAGCAGCCUUUGGUAACGCACGGAGCAGGCUUUCGUAGGAAAAAGUGCACCUCCAGGAGGAAAAGUUGUAGUUAUGUUAUGGGUGUGUGAAUGUGUUUUGUGCGUUGGUGUUGUAGAACCCUUUGCCCGAAUAGGGACCAAACUGUAUGGAAUUAAAAAUUUGAUUAAAAUUUGCCAAUCCAUGUGAUGAAGGUCCGGGGUUAUCAAGCAACGCACUGGGAGUGUACUGAUUGGAAAAAAAAAUGUGAAGAGCCAGGGGAAGAGCUAAUGCGCUUGGAUGAUUAGAUGCCGAGUAUAAUCAGCCGAGACAACCGAGAUGUGCUGCCGUAUGGCGCGUGCCAGCUACUCAACCAGCAACGAUGAUGGUGCUGUUUAAGGAGGGGCUUGUUUUGUGCUAUUAUUGUUACCAACCGGAAUGCAAUAAACCAGGAAGUGAAG